GCCUGUACUCAAAUUGCCCUAGCAGCAUGGCGUCAGAAAUCUAUUCCGUCCCCUCCCAAGGGGACCUUGUUUUCAAACAAGGGAUCUUAGCGAAUCCUCUCGUCCGGAAGAAUCUUCCCGAGGAAGCUGAUGCAGCUGCAAGGAAAAUCUCCUUCGAGGGCAGCGACAGUCCCAGCCUCCCGAUAAACUGGCGUUUCGCCGAGAGCAUUUCGGCGUUGAAGGCGUGCGAGGCGACGGUUCUCAACGUACUGCUUCAAAAGAAGUAUGGCAUUGAGCCGGCUCAGGUCAAGAUUAACACGGAUCAUGCGCAACUCUUCAUCAUGUCUACCCUUCUCUGGACACUUGACCCAGACGAAGCCAACUUAAGUCCGCUUUCCUUCAUGAGCUCCGAAGGCCGUGAACAAAUUGCCACUUUCUUCCCGGACAAGGAUGAGCAUCAGAGCUGGAGUUCUAUCUAUCGAGCCGCAGCAACCAACAUCUACAAAACCAAAGACGAAAAGUUCUUUCAUCUCCAUGGUUCCAUGAACCCCGAACCAACUCUGGAGUCUCUUGGCUUGCCAAAGGACAUGAAUACCAAAGGCAUCGAAGCAGCACUGAGCCCUUUCAUCGAAGCUGUUGGCCAACGUACAGCAGAGGAGAUGCAAGAACUAGCAGACCAAUACCGCCAGGCCGGUACCAUCUGCUGGACAACUGACGAAUAUAAGACGAGCGAGCACGGAAAGGCAAACUCCCAAGUUGGCCUUUUUGACAUUCGCCCAUUCCUCAACCCGAAGCAGCUUCCGGGCUGGUGGCCUGACGCGCCUCACACCUCGCCCGCUCGGCCCCUAGCCGGGCUGAAGGUCGUCGACCUCACCAGGGUCAUUGCCGGGCCGGCCAUAUCUCGUGGCCUAGCUGAGCUCGGGGCCAGCGUGAUGCGCAUCACGGCGCCUCACCUCACUGACAUGUCCGGCCUGCACCCCGAUCUCAACCACGGCAAAUGGAACGCAAGCCUAGACCUGCGCAACAAGGAGAACUGCGAGAAGCUGCGAGCGCUGAUCUCCGAGGCGGACGUUUUCCUGCAGGGGUACAGACCUGGCGUCUUGGACAAGUAUGGGUUUAGCGAAAAGGCCAUUAUGGAGAUGGUCCAGGACCGAGACAGGGGCAUUAUCUAUUGUGGGGAGAAUUGCUAUGGAUGGCAAGGCCCAUGGAUGCACCGGUCUGGAUGGCAACAGAUCAGUGACGCGUGUUGCGGCGUCUCAUACGAGUUUGGCCGGGCAAUGGGAAAUAACGAGCCUGUCACACCAGUGUUCCCCAACUCGGACUAUUGUACCGGUGUAUGUGGAGUGGCGGGGAUCAUGUCAGCACUCCUUCGCAGGGCCGAGCACGGCGGGUCAUAUGCGGUAGACGUUUCUCUCAAUUAUUACUCCCAAUGGCUGGUCAACAGUGUCGGCACAUAUCCUGCGGACGUCUGGGCUGAUGUAUGGAAACGCAACGGCGCGCCGGUCUUCCGUCACUAUCACAACAUGCAAUACCUCCUCCCUCGAGUGCUCAGUGGACUUUAUAAGAGCAGCCAUGACGUCUUGUUUAAACCUGAGUUUUUCCAUCAAUAUCACGUUAAGGUGUUGGACAAGGAAAUGCGUAUCGUUGCACCGAUCUUGCGCUUCCCGAACGGCGAGGUACAGCCCCGUUUCGAUGUGGGAACCAGAACCAAUGGGGUUGAUCAACCGCGAUGGCCUACAGAUUUAACUGUUGAGGUGGUGGAAUAGCGCAAGGGUGAACCUGAUUGUCGGGAAGCACUACUCUGACGACGUGGUUUUUAUAGGUGCCAUCGGCUCCCAUUAUUUCCAUCUUUAGCGCCCCUCAUUCAUGCACC